AUGGAAACUACCAAUAAGACUGCAGCUAUUCAUCAUGUCCAUCCAUGCUAUGAAAUAGACAAUUUUUCUUAUGUUCUAAAAAGUAAUCCAUCUGUAGUAUGUGUUAUCUUGUAUAUUUUUCUCGCUUUAUUGGCAUUUGUCACACUGUGUGGAAACCUCCUUAUCAUUAUGUCUGUUGUUUACUUUAAACAGCUCCACACUCCCACAAACUUUCUAAUCCUCUCUUUGGCUGUGAGUGAUCUGCUGGUUGGAAUUUUGGUCUUCCCUUUCAGCAUGGCCUUCUCCUUGAGCUCAUGUCUGUUCCAUGAAGAUUUAUUUUGUCAAAUAAGGGGCAGCUUUGAUGUUUCGCUUAGCACAUGCUCCAUUCUGAACUUGUGUUGCAUCGCUGUUGACAGAUAUUAUGCCGUGUGUCAGCCUCUCACCUACAGAACUAAGAUAAAUGGAUGUGUUGUUUUGGUGAUGGUUUUAGUGAGUUGGGGUAUUUCCCUCCUAACAGGAAUUGGUAUGAUAAUUGCCGGCUUGAACCAUGAGGCUUGUAAUGAUAGCUGUUCUUUGGAGGUUCUGCUAUCAAGCACUCUGGGGCCGACCUUUUCUUUUUACCUUCCUGCCCUUGUAUUGCUGUGUACGUACCUUAAGGUUUUCCUUGUAGCACAGAAACAAGUCCGCAACAUUCAGAACACCAUAAAAUCAGUAGCAGCUGUCAACAAGAUGGAGAGAAAAGCCACUAAAACUCUGGCUAUUGUUAUGGGUGUUUUUUUAAUCUGCUGGGCUCCUCUUUUUGUUUGCAUCACUUUAGUGCCUUUUAGCGACAAUCCAGUGCCAGUUUCUGUGAUUGAAACCCUUAACUGGGUUACUCUAAUAAAUUCAAUGUUGAAUCCAUUUAUUUAUGCUUUUUUUUACAGCUGGUACAAAGAGGCUUUUAAAAUAAUAAUUUCUGGAAAAAUAUUUCAGGAAGUUAUCGUCAACAGGACUGAUGCUGUGACUGAUUUACACCCUUGCUAUGAGAUUGAUCAUUUUAAUUACAAACUAACCACAACCCCUUCUGUCAUAUGUGUAACCCUCUAUAUUUUUCUUGCACUUUUGGGUCUUGUCACAGUAUGUGGAAACUUCCUUGUAAUAAUAGCCAUCAUUUAUUUCAAACAGUUUCACACUCCGACUAACUAUCUGAUCCUCUCUUUGGCUGUGGCUGACCUGCUUGUGGGAAUUUUAGUCUUUCCUCUCAGCAUGGCAUUCUCUCUCAGCUCAUGUUUGUAUUACGAAGGUUUAUUUUGCAAAGUGCGAAGCAGCUUUGAUGUGUCCCUUAGCACAUGCUCUAUUAUGAAUUUGUGUUGCAUUUCUGUUGACAGGUAUUAUGCUGUCUGUCAACCGUUAACAUAUCAUUCUAAAAUUAAUCACCGGGUUGUUGUUGUCAUGAUUGUGGCAAGCUGGGGGAUUUCUUUUCUUAUUGGAGUUGGUGUGAUGAUUCCUGGAUUGAACAAUGAGGAAUGCCAGGAAACAUGUUUUAUUGAUGUGCUCAUGGCAAAUACAGUUGGACCUAUAUUAUCAUUUUAUCUUCCAGUGAUCAUAAUGAUUUGUAUCUACCUGAAAAUUUUCCUUGUUGCACAGAGGCAAGCACAAAGCAUUCAUGGCACAGCAAAUCCUGGAGGAGCUGUCAGUAAAAUGGAAACAAAGGCCACCAAAACACUGGCUAUUGUUCUUGGAGCAUUUCUAUUUUGCUGGACUCCUUUCUUUGUUUGUAUUAGUAUUCUGCCUUUUAGUAAGAACCCAAUCCCAGUUCCUGUUAUUGAAACCCUUAAUUGGCUAACACUGUCAAAUUCAAUUAUCCACCCUUGCUAUGAAAUAAAUAAUAAGACUAAAACAUUGACAAGGACCCCAUCAACAAUCUGUGUUUUGCUGUAUAUUUUCUUGGGGCUGUUGUCUCUUGUCAUCGUCUGUGGAAAUCUUCUUGUAAUAAUUUCUAUAAUUUACUUCAAACAACUCCACACACCUUCCAACUGUCUAAUCUUCUCUCUGGCUGUGACUGACCUGCUUGUUGGAAUUGUAGUUUUUCCUUUAAGCAUCGCAUACUCUCUCACCUCCUGUCUAUUUUAUAGGGAUAUAUUCUGUAAAAUUCGGGACAGCUUCGAUGUUGUACUGAGCACAACUUCCAUUUUUAAUCUGUGUUGUAUUUCGGUUGACAGGUACUUUGCAAUCUGUCAACCGCUUACAUACAGGACAAAGAUAAGCAUUCAAGUUGUUGUGAUCAUGAUCCUGAUGAGCUGGGGGGUUUCUGUUUUUGUCGCCAUCGGUUUCAUUAUCGCAGAGUUAAACCAAGAACAAUGUAAACAAAACUGUUUUUCUGAUGUUGUGCUUGAAAAAAUCUUGGCUCCCGUUUUCUCAUUUUACCUCCCAGUGAUCAUUAUGCUGUAUAUCUACUUAAGGAUUUUUCUUGUUGCUCAGAGACAGGCUCGGAGUAUCCAGAACACAACGCAGCCUGGCGUGAGUGUCAGUAACAUGGAGAGAAAAGCCACUAAAACUCUGGCUAUUCUACUAGGUGGCGUGACAAUGCCUUUGUAUGAAGCACUUAACUGGUUUACACUGUCGAAUUCAAUGCUCAAUCCAUUCAUUUAUGCUUUCUUCUACAGCUGGUUUAGAAUGGACACAGAGAACACUGUCAACAAGAGUUAUAUUCUGAAUGCAAUACAUCCCUGCUAUGAAUUAGACAACGAAACCUAUACAUUUAAGCAAAACCCUUCCGUUAUACAGCUGCACACCCCUACUAACUACCUCAUUCUCUCCCUGGCUGUUGCGGAUCUUCUGGUUGGAAUUUUAGUUUUCCCUUCCAGUAUGGUUUUCACUGUAAGCUCAUGUUUGUUUCAUGAAGAUUUAUUCUGCAAAGUAAGAGACAGUUUUGAUGUAACACUAUGCACAUCGUCUAUUCUGAACUUGUGUUUUAUUUCCAUAGAUAGAUACUAUGCAGUGUGUCAGCCUUUGACAUACAGAGCAAAAAUAAAUGCUCAAGUAACUGUGGUUAUGAUCCUGGUGAGCUGGGGUGUCUCUGUUCUGAUUGGAAUCGGUAUCACACUUGCAGGAUUUAGCCAAGGUACAUGUGAGGAAAUGUGCUCAGUUGAUACUAUAGUGGCAAACACUAUUGGAGCUGUGUUCUCAUUUUACUUUCCAGCUGUCUUAAUGCUCUGUAUUUACUUCAAGAUUCUUCUUGUUGCACAGCAACAGGCAAAGAGCAUCCAGACCACAAACUGUCACAAUAGUUUGGGAGCGACUGUUAGUAAGAUGGAGAGAAAAGCUACCAAGACUUUGGCUAUC